AUGGAUGAGAGGCCCGAAUCGCGCGACAAAGCCAAUGAACACAUCGAGCAAAUUCGGAGAAGUCGAGGAUUCGAGAAUGCAGGAGAGCAAGAUAUCUCAAUCGCUAAUCGGGAGGACCUCGAGGCGUCUAUUUCCAUCCUCGCCGAAGGGCUCUACGAAAAGUCAACACACUUCUUGUUGGAAUUGAUACAAAAUGCUGAUGACUGUUCUUACACCACACCGACACCCCGCAUGUUGAUCAACUACUGGAAUGGACGUCUCCGCUUGGACUACAACGAGGUGGGAUUUACCAGACGCGACGUUGAGGCACUCUGCAGAGUUGGUCGGAGCACAAAGUCCAGCUCCGGAAGCCAAAUUGGUGAAAAGGGAAUCGGUUUCAAGUCCGUUUUCAAAAUCGCCGAUGUUGUUUCGAUAGUCUCUGGCUGCUACUCCUUCAAGUUCGACAGGACGAAAACAAACCUUGGCAUGAUCACUCCCGAGUGCGACACUUUUCCGGUCGAGCCACUCCCUGGCUUUACCUCAGUACUAUUAGAACUGCGUGACAGCGGUGGCCAGACGGAGUUGGUCGACGAAAUGAGAUCAAUGGACCCGAGAUGCCUAAUGUUUCUAAGAAAUUUGAAGGAAAUCCACAUUGCUGCCUCGCCUCUGGAUGAGCCCAAAUGGGAAACCACUCUAGGCCGCAGCGACGAUCAAGCUCGGCAAGCUACGACCUUGAGCUACGGUGAUAAGUCUAUGACUUACUUGGUCCGUCGUCAUAUUGUCACUCCAUUGCCGUAUGAGCAGAAACGCCGCGGCCGCGACGAGUCUGCUAUCCUGCUGGCAUUUCCGUACAUCGAUGCCCAAGAGACCAAGCUUGAGCCGCAGCAAGUCUAUGCAUUUCUUCCGAUACGCGAUUAUGGGUUCAAGUUUCUCAUCCACGCCGACUUUCUGCUCAUCGCCAAUCGUGGAGACAUCGACAGCUCGUCCCAAUGGAACACCGCACUCCGGGAAGCAAUGCUGGCUGCUUUCUUGGGAGAUGUUCAGUAUCUCCAGGGCACGGCAUUUCGCUACACCUGGCCUAGAUACCUGCCAGAUUAUUCGUAUAGGUUUGACUUCUUCAGAAACUUCCGCACCAGAUUGGCUGAGGAACUUCCUGAAAAGCCCAUUCUGGAGUCGGAAGACGGUAAGCUGAGGUCACCCAACACUGUCAGAUAUGUGCCAAAACAAUUUCGAGAUGAGAGCAAUAUCCCUUUGAUUUUAAAUGACACAACAAAAUCGAAAUACUUGUCCCACGAGUACUCGGAUUCUGACAGCAAGCGGCUGACGGAUAUUGGAGUCACCACACUAUCCGACAAAGAGUUCCUUGACGACCUCGGAGUCUUUCUCCGAGACUACAAAGCUCUCAUGCCGGAAUCGUGGCAUUCCAAUAUAGCAAGAGCCCUUUUGCCACUGAUCUCAUCUUUCGAACUGGAAAUAUCUGAACUUUACCUUAUUCCGUUGACCAACGGUCGCCGGGUGGCAGCAUCCUCCGGCAACAUAUUCUUUCCACGGCCCAACCCAGAUUAUUUUAUCCCACUAGGUAUUGAGGUGUUUGAGGUGCAUCUAGAUAUUGCAAAGAAUCCCGAUUGUAAACGACUCUAUAAAAACCUCGGGGUCAAGCAGUUUUCCAACCCUGUGGUCCAGAAACUGAUCUUGAAGAAGCACUCGAACAACUUACCGGAGCUCAAUCCACCUCCAUCCGAGUUGCUAUCUCAGGCGCGCUUUCUCUUCAGAUCAGGGUGGAAGAAACCCAUCGACGACGUUCAGUUUUGGGUAGUCAAGACAAAUGGCGCACUAUGCCGUUCGCAUGAGGUAUAUCUUGAUACAGACGAGCAAUUCUCUGCAUCUCGAUAUCUGGAAAGAGACACCCAGUUGUUUCCUUUCUUACACAGCUGCUACGAUAAAGAUGUCGCGUCAGAAGAACUCCCAUUGUGGAGAACUUGGUUGCACACACAACUUGGCCUCUGGAAGAUCCCCCGUCUUGUCAAGAUUUCAGGUAACACUUCCGACCCAGAGCUGUCAGAGGACUUUCGCUAUAUACUCAAGAGGCGUAGUUCCCAGCAAUUUUUGAUGCUCCUCAAGGAGAAUUGGUUCGUAUACUCUCGGUCUAUUUUCGAAACUUGGCCCACGGGUCUGCGGUCUCAGUUGGCAUCGGUGUCUGUUCACUGUCGUGAUGGCAGUCGGCAUCCUUUGGAAGCAACGUCUACAGGCUACUUCAUACCAGAGGAUUGUCGCUCGGAAUAUUCAGUCCUCCCACCAAUACUCGACAUUCCCAAUCCGAAAGACCCUGGUUGGACUUUUCUAAAAGUGUUUGGUGUUACUGUAAACGGUGAUCUUAACACUUAUCUUGGUAUCUUGGGGCAUAUUCAAGGUCGUGAGGUCUCGGUUCGCUUCGUUCGCUGGCUAUAUGACCGAAUUCAGGGUCAAUGUGAAGAUAAUCCUGCCCUGGUGUGUAACGAAUUUCUGCAGAAAAAUCUCAUCUACAUACCGAGCUCCUCACCCAGCGACCCUCCAAAUUGGGUCACACUGAACAGAUGCGUGUGGUCAGGCCCCAAGUGUUUAACGCAGUUCUACAAACUCAGCGAAAUUCAUCCAGAUCACAGAAUACUCUUUGUGAAACACCUCAAAGUCAAGGAUGCUGGGCUCGAGACUUUGGUAUUGGAAUCCAAAGCAAUUACACCGGCUACACGUCUGUCUCACAUCGCUAGCGUUUUCAAAGAGCUUGAUAAGAUUAUGCCGGAUCCGAUAUCGAUGGAGGACACAAAGACACUACAAGGCCUUCUCACUCUAAGUAUCUUCCCGCUUGAUGAAGGAGGUGAUUCCAAUGAGGGCUUCGACGAGCUUUCCUCCGCUACCACCGGAUCUCAAUGGUACAUCGCCGACCGACCACACCUUCGGCAGUGCUUUCAUGGCAUCGUGUCUUUGCUCGCUUUCACGGUGGAAGACGUACACGCGAUCAAGCGACUGAUGGCUAUACUGGGGCUAGAACGUAGGUCACUGUCCAAGGUCGCAAAAGAGCGCCACAGAAUCGAUGGAGGCAAGGCACGGGGCAAAGAGAUCGAUAUGCUGUUUCAAGAAAAAGCCAGAUUUUUUGAGCGCCUGAUGCCUGAACAUGUACCAAACAAGCAACAAACUUUGGACCAACUGAAAAAGGUGAAAAUUUGGCACGCGGAUAAGAUCCUCACAGGAUGGGACGUUGAGACAACCAACCUUACCUCAGACUUGACCCGUCAAGAAAGCCUGUUCCGCGAUGACGGUCUACAAGCGCUGCUCAUGCCUCAAAGAGGCACAGAUCCGCCGAGGAUAUAUCUGCGAGAUGACUACAGUUUAUCAUGCCCUCCACUAGAGCUAGCAGAGCAACUAGCUGCCUUCUGCGGUAUUCCGGAAUGCGUGGCACUGAUACUCUUUAUUUUGGGACAAUCGAGCUCUCUCAUCAUCGAGGCUACUCUCGACCGCCGAGACAUUCCAAAGACAAGAGACAAGAAACUCCGGCAAGAUGAAGCUGCGCCACCUCCGGCUACACAAAAUGGAAGCAAUGAAGAGAGAGACGCGAUGACCAAAGAGAGCUCUGCAACUGCUGAAGAACCUCAAGCCCCGGGAAGCCCUCGGACGAUUCAGGAAACUUGGAUUGGGCCCGAUGAAGAACAGCAGGAAUACGAGGAGCCAGCCUUGAAAAGGAUCAUUGACGAUGAGGCCCAAAUUGACAUUAACCAUUUGACAUCCCAGAGUCAGAGUGAAGGUCUUCUGGAUUUCAACUCUACCGACAAUCAAACUUUCAACAAACAACAAAGGAGACCAGAAUCUCCACACAGGGCAUCAUCAAAUAAUGAACAGAUCAUAUCUAAAAAAGAAAGCUCGUCGAGUCGGCCUAACUAUGUUCCUCUUGAUGAUGCUCCACGAAUAAGAGAAUAUAUCAGGGUUCAAGGAGAGUCUUCGAGGCGGAAACGCAUAGCGAUGGCUAGCGCUGAUUCUCAUGGCAUUGAAACUUUGGAACGUCCAAGAAUUGUUGGCCACCCUAACUAUAUCCACGUCAAAGACUGUCGGGAACUCCCUCGUGAAAAUUUCUCAGAUCAAGCACCAGACGGGAAGAUACUUCCUGGCCGGGCGCAAAUUUCCCGGUCAGGAGAAUGCACCCUCUUUCUUGCCCUGGAGCCAGCAUACAAGAUCGAUACUUACACCGAAUUUCUUGGAGAGCUUUACGUAUCUCAGCUCUUCGAGAAGUAUCUUGGAGGAAGAUAUGAUCCAGAUAGUCAAUGGACUAGUCCAUACCGCCGCGAGGCAGAAUAUAAAUCUCUGCGGGCAGAGACGCAGUCUAUAGCUACAUUCACAUUUUCCGACGGAGCAGCAAUGACAGAAUUCCUCAUACAGUCCGGUUCUGGAUGGAGGAGGAAUGGAGACUACCCGUGUUACCACAUUUUGGUGAAGACUACAAACGGCGGGCAAGAGUCGCUAUUUACGAUGAGCACAGAGGAGAUGGAAAUGAUCCGAAGGUAUCGGUUGUCGCCUGGGGGCAAACACCAGUCCCAAGUCAUCAUCCUUGCGAGGGUUUUCGACAUGCAGUCAACCGCUAGCGCGUCAUUCUUCAUAGAUCCAUGGCACCUGUACACCGCAGGUGGGCUACAGAUACGGCCGCAAGACGACUUCUACAUUGCCAACACUCACGUUGCUUCACCUCAUCUCUUAUUCAAACAUUUCGAAAUGGAACUCUCCACUCCUUCAUUAAGAGACUCUGUUCAUUUCCUCACAUCCUACAUCCGGGAUUCAGGCGAGCUGUGGGCUCGAAGAAUGCUCCAACACGACGAACGGAAGUACAGAUACAAACCUCUUGAGUGUGAAUCCCUCAUACGCUUGUUGAGGCUUCACCCGGGACGCGGCCGAGAAGAACUGAGAGGAGAAUUGAUAUGUGUUUCCCUCGAGCCCUACAAGCGAAAAUACCCCUUUACGGCCUUAUCCUAUGUCUGGGGGAACGGCCUGAAACCGUAUGUUCUCGGCAUCGGAGAUUACGCUCUACGGAUUACUGCUUCAUUAUACUUCGCACUGAAACGGGUGCGAGAAGAAAAACAGUCGAUCCUCAUUUGGGCAGAUGCUAUCUGUAUCGAUCAGGCCAAUGAUGUAGAGAAAGGUCACCAAGUGCGCUUGAUGUCAAAAAUAUACAAGUCCGCGCUCCGCGUGUGCGCGUGGCUGGGGAAUGAAGGAGAUCAGAGCAAUUCUGCGAUAAAUUGGCUCUGCAAAAUCAGAAAGGCUUCCGAAUCCUCGAAGCAAGCUGCUACGGUAAGGCUACCCUCGGCGGACAACCCGGUAUGGGACAUUAUCAAGAAGUUUUUUGAACGCGAUUGGUUUCAUCGAGUCUGGAUUGUCCAAGAGCUUGUUCUUGCGCCGCAUAUCAUCUUGCUAUGCGGUAAUCGAACCUUUGAGUGGGAUGAUCUUUAUGUCCCAGCCACUUUAUGCUCAAGACAAGCAGAAAAGUCAACCGCCGCUCUGAUGACAUCGGUUUCUAAGACCAUGGCGCCUGUGCUGAGUCUGGGGGGACUGAGACGUGCAUAUCGCAGCCAGCUUGCCAAUUCCACUGCCCAGCGAGAGCUACUCACACUAUUCAAAGACUUUGAGCACACUCGAUCCUCACGCCGGCGAGACAAGCUCUUUGCCUUUCUCGGGUUGGCGUGCGACGUCGGUGAUCCUAGCUUCGAUCCAGACUAUGCGGCACCGCUUGAAACGGUCGUGUGCAAAUAUGCGGAGGCCUUUGUCCGACGUGGGAAAGGAAUGGAGCUUUUAUACCAUGCAGGGGCCAGCGGCUUGGAAGACGAUGCUCGUUUCCCUUCGUGGGUGCCGAACUGGGUGACAACAACCUAUCCGAAGACGAUCACCACUUGGACAAGCAAAUCCGGAAUUUUCAGCGCGUGUUCUCAUGAAAAGGAUUCGAUCAGGAUUUCACCACGAAAUAGUUCUAUAUUAACUGCCACCGCUUACGAUAUCGAUCUAAUCGCCAAGGUAGGCCAGAUCUCGUUUACGGCGGGAGACCGAACGCGAUGGUUGAAAGAGGUUUUCAGUUACAUCGAGCCUAUCAGUACAUAUCCUACCGAAGACAAUCCCAAAGACCUCGUCUGGAAAGUCCUCGUCGGGGAUGCCCUGGGUCCUCCAUCUGGGAGUUGGAACAUGGUCGAUUUCCGUGCCUCUUACGAGGCUUUCGCCGAAUACCUGCAGAUGGACGCCGACCCUGGUGACUGGAACGUCGAGGCAGCCAAGAUGCGCGCCGUCGCGAAACUGAAGCAGUUUUUGUUCCGACCCCAGGAAUUGAGGAAGUUGAUGUGGCCUUUUGUUCUCACCGCAGAGGAAUUUGCGCAACGGUUCGUCGAUGCCAAGGUGUGUAUCACUGAGCACGGCUAUGUUGGAAUUGUCCCUGGAGCAGCGCGCGUAGGUAGUCGGGUCAUCCUGCUCGCCGGCAGCGCAGUUCCCUUUGUUAUGGACGAGAUCAAGGGAAACAAAAGGAACCCCCCUUGCUACCGGCAUCUCGGUGAGUGCUACAUUCACGGAAUCAUGCACGGCGCCACGAAUCAGCAAUCUGGUUUGUUUCGAAAGCCCCUCCGGGAUAUCAUCCUUUGCUAA